AUGGAGGAACUUAAGGACAUUCUUCGCGAGUAUGUGAAACGGAAUCAGAUGCUCGAAACAUUAAAUGAGAAACUACAAGAAACAUUAAUGGAACAGGAGAAAAUGCGAAAGAUUUACAUCGAUGACCUUAACAAUAUGAAAAUGGCCUUAGGUAACCUGCAAGAUCUAUUAAUGAAAUGCCGUGCGAAUAUUCUGUGCCAUGAAAUUAUGAACAAACCAACCAUCUCCACCGAUGCAGUCGACAACGAGCUCAAGGUGUGCAAUGAUGAAACCAGGGAAUCGGUGUCUCUUCAGGCGCAGCUGGAAGUAUGUAAAACCGACCUAAGCGAACAACGUGCUGCUUAUCAGGAGUUGUUAGUUGAAAAAAAUAGAAUUACGGGUGAGCUGCAGACGUUGUUACAAAAAAACCAUCAGCUUUCGAUGCAACAAGUUCAAAACAGAGGCGACCCAUCCAAAGUUCAAAGCACACAUGCGAAACACACGGAAGCCAUCAAGCUGUUCGGAACUUCGCCAGGAGUCUUUGAGCGACAGAUCGACCCUUGUCCUCACUGCAACAACGUGUUUGGAGAUUUUCUUACGCUCGAAAUGCACAUCAAAGAUUGCCCUGGGCUUGAUUACUAA